AUGCUCAUUUCUUGUCGGUCCGUCAAAUCUCUCUCAGAUCGCACCACCGUUUCCGGUGCCACGGAUGGAAGUUUGCCAUCGCAAAUGGAUCAGUUUUUGCGGACCUUCUACUCGCACCAUUGUCUAGAAUUUGCUGUGGCUUCUCUGUCCAGUUAUUCAAAACAUAUGCGCAGCAUGGCCCGAAGUGUGAUUGCCGACUAUCGCGAAUUAGCGGAACAGUGGAAGCCACCCCGAACGGUAAAAUCAGCUGAUGGUCAGACAGGCCUUAGUCUCCGGCUGUUUCCAGAGCGUUCAAAAAUUGUUUUCAUUCUGGACACCCUACGGAAUAGUCUAUCUACCGGUGGAGGUGCGACCCUAGCCGGAGCUGGUCGCAAAAAGAAUAUGUUCUCCUCCAAAGCCGAUACAGGUGGCCGUCUGACUCGAGUACAUGCAAACUUCUUCGUCCUCGCGUUGCAAUUGAUCGGCAAACCCGAGAAUCUGAUGUACCGAUCGUUGUGGAACUGUUUGCUUUCAAAACCGGCUAUCGAUCUGAAUCAAGUGCCCGAUUUUCUUCGCUCAUUUUUCUCCACCGAUACACACUUUCGUGCGGAAAGGCACUGGAUCAGUCGACUGUGUGCUUCCAGCUUGGUUGACGGUGCCGACUAUCUGGUACUCGAACGAUCUCGUGUUUUCAAGCACAUGCUCACUGCAUUCUCAUCACCGUCCAGUGAUGCAACAUUUCAGUGCGUUUGUUCAGGUCUAUUCAUGCUCACUGUAUGUGUAUGUACAUUUCAGCUCACCGUUUUGCAACUCAUUCGCUCGGCAACCAAUCAACCGCGUCUGAUGCACGCGCUUAUUCGAUUUCACGCACUUCCCCUGUGGCUUUGGCGCUAUGCUCUCAAACCGUGCCCACACACGCAGAUCGAACUAUUCCGCGAUAUCAUUGCUAAUUUGCUGACCGCCUUGUCCACAAAGGAGACCGAUUCACCCCUGCUAGGUCUUCUGCAAUUGUUGAAAAUCGAAUUCGAGUGA